CCUCUGAAGUCACUCCUAUCACAGCGUGUUCCCUCAGGCAGGAGUGCGCCCUGCGUCCUGCUCCUCACACUCCGCUUUAUCGAACACAGCAGCGGAUCUAUCAAGGACGCAGGCUUUGAAUCCAGCUUUUCAAAUACAGAUUCAGCUCGAAAUGCUAUUUUUUAUGGAUAUUACCCCCCUGCAUGCUUGAGACCUGCAAAAAAAAGUUGGCACUUGCCGGAGACUCCGUGCGUAAAGGGACCGGGUCUGAAUCAUGUAUUGCGCAGAAUCUCUGCUCACUUAAUUUACAGGAGAGAGGAGCAUCUCCAUCUCACAGGAUGCGAGUGGCGCGCUGAAUGUUGUCGCGUGGUUUUGGGCACCAAACUUGCGCAAAGAGCCUGAUUCUGCUCAAGUAUUGAUCGUCUGUGGCGAGUAAGUGAUUUGACACAGUAUGGCAGCACUACGGAGGAAAUUUGGCGAGGACUACCAGGUGGUGAACACCAACCGGAGCAUGACUUUUUCCGCGCCGGUGAAGAGGAAGAGGCAGCGGUUUGUGGAGAAGAACGGCCGCUGCAACGUCCAGCACGGUAACCUUGGCGGGGAGACGAGCAGGUACAUCUCCGAUCUGUUCACCACGCUGGUGGACCUCAAGUGGCGAUGGAACCUGCUCAUCUUCAUCCUCACUUACACAGUUGCGUGGCUGGUCAUGGCUUCCAUGUGGUGGGUGAUCGCCUACAUCCGCGGCGACCUGAGCCACGGCGGCCACGACUCGUCCUACACCCCGUGCGUCGCCAACGUGUACAACUUUCCCUCCGCGUUCCUGUUUUUCAUCGAGACGGAGGCGACCAUCGGCUACGGCUACCGCUACAUCACGGAGAAGUGUCCGGAGGGCAUCAUCCUGUUCCUCUUCCAGUCGCUGCUGGGCUCCAUCGUGGACGCCUUCCUCAUCGGCUGCAUGUUCAUCAAGAUGUCGCAGCCCAAGAAGCGCGCCGAGACGCUCAUGUUCAGCCAGGACGCGGUCAUUUCGCAGCGGGACGGAAAGUUGUGCCUCAUGUUCCGAGUGGGGAACCUGCGCAACAGCCACAUGGUGUCUGCGCAGAUCAGGUGCAAACUCAUCAAGUCCCGGCAGACCCCAGAGGGAGAGUUCCUGCCCCUGGAUCAGUGUGAGCUGGACGUAGGUUUUGGGACGGGGGCGGACCAGCUCUUCUUGGUGUCGCCUCUAACCAUCUGCCACGAGAUCAACACCAACAGCCCCUUCUUCGAUCUGUCGCAGCGCUCGCUCAUGAACGAGCAGUUCGAGAUUGUUGUUAUUCUGGAGGGCAUCGUGGAGACCACAGGUAUGACAUGCCAAGCAAGAACAUCUUACACUGAGGAUGAAGUCUUGUGGGGUCAUCGUUUCCUCCCUGUCAUGUCACUGGAAGAGGGCUUCUUCCGAGUCGACUACUCCCAGUUCCACAACACCUUUGAGGUUCCUACUCCUCCCCACAGCGUCAAAGAGCAAGAGGAGAAGUCCUCAUUGACAUCACCCAACCCUCUACCUGUUGCACCCACUCCUUCCUCGCCUCUGCUGGGCAACGGUGGCCGAGGAGGCCGCAGGGAAAGACUCCUGUCAGCCGACUAUGCAGACCAUGUGGAGGACCAAGCCUCCAGGCUGCCCAGCAAACUCCAGCGCAUGAGCUCCACCAAGGAGGAGCUCCUCUGGAAGGGGCUGAAGACAGGGCCAGCAUUGCCUGGGGGUAAAGCCUCCAGCACGGGGGACCUGCCUCUAAGUAUUCAGAGGCUGAGGUCCAGCUCCAUCCCAGCUGUGAGGCAUGGACAGCCGGAGGAGCAGGUGCAGCUGUUGUCCCUGGAUGGAGAAGCAGAGGAAAGCGAGCUGGAAAAACAUAGACAGCCAGCAGCCAUUAGCACCAUCGCUGCUCCAACAUUUCAGAUCCCCUCGGCAGGGAGUCGGCCGGAGGACAACCUGCCUCCCAAGCUGCGCAGGAUGAAUGCAGACCGCUGAUUUCUGCAGUCGAAGCCACAUUUAAGACAGAAAACACUUUGAAAACUGAAUCAGGCUUGAUGGGCAUUGCAUAUAAAUAAAGACAACUGUGAUAGAA